GCUUCCCAUCCCUAUUGCUCCCACGAAAGCCUCCUGCCUCCACAAACAUUUCAGUUGCAGAAGGUGGACCCCAAGGCCUCCUCUGUGAAUGGCAGAGUAGGGAGUGAAGUGGAUCUGAGUUCCCAGAGCAGCACUCACUGUCCUGAGCUGAAUUGGUCAGCAAUCCUCCUCUCCCCACCUCCUGAUCUUCACCACCACAGGCAAUCUCUGAAGAGGACCCCAUCCUGCCCCAAGCAAUCCAAAUGGCCUUCUGCCAAAUCCCCCACGGGAGUCUGCAGAUCCUUUGUGGGUGAUUUGGAGAGAUUUGUUGUUUUUAGAGUCCAUGGAGCUAUUCUAAUGAACUACAGUUUGCUCCCUGCCGGGCCAAAACUGACCCCAAAUGCCUUUCCGCUAGGUCCACGUCCCCACGUAGGAGAGGUGAUGGAGUUCUACUUGGAGAUCGACCCUGUCACCUUGAACCUGAUCAUCUUAGUUGUGAGCUAUGUCAUCCUGCUCCUGGUGUUCCUCAUCUCCUGUGUGCUCUAUGACUGCCGAGGCAAGGACCCCAGUAAGGAGUAUGCUCCCGAGGCCACCGCGGACGCCCCGCCCUCCAUACGCCUGGUGAUGAUGCCACAGAGCACUCCUGGGGCCCCCUGGGCCAGGGGGCCUGGCCUUCAUAUGAAAGAUCCUGCCCCACUGGGGAAGAAAAGCACCAUGGUGUGAGCUGGAUAUGGGACACUGGGGAGAGACCACUGGACCCUGGGGAGAGACCCCUGGACUUGCAAGAGAGGACCAACUCUUGCCUAUAGUGGCUCCAGUUCUCCCAGCACGUGGGUCCUGCUUGGCUAAGGAAGCUGGACGUCUGUCUUACUUUCUGCUUUCUGGUCCCCCCUCUUUGUAGAUAAAGCAACUGUUUAAGGUAA